AGAAAAGAUGUAUAGAAUUGUAAUCUUUGCAAUGUUGUUUUGUAUUCCAUCGAAUUAUAAUGUACAUUAGAGAUGUAAAUAAAAGUUCAGACACCCAAUAUAAUGCCACCUCAACCUUAAUUUCAUUUGUGAAAGUCCUUGAAUACGAGUGCAGUUCGACACUACGUUGUUGAGUGUUUAUGGGCAGCAAGUUGUAGGUAGUCCUGCAGUGUUAACGGGGUUUGCUUCGAAACUGUAAUUUAAUUAUUGCUUGUCAUGGAGGAAACCGUUCAAAAUUCAUGUCAGAUAUGUAAUCGCUGUGCAGGGAAGUACAUGUGUCCGCGGUGCAAUAUUUCGUUUUGCUCUGUCCAAUGUUAUCAGUCAGAAACGCAUAGUGUGUGCUCUGAAACAUUUUAUAAGGAAAGUGUUCUACGUGAACUAAAACUGGAAAAUGAUGAUCCUGAAGGGCAAAGGAAAAUGCUGGAAAUACUUUCUAGGAUCCGAACGGAAGAACAGGAUGAGUUGGACUCGGAUGAUGAACGCGAUCUCAGUGAACGACUUGAAGGUGUGGACUUAGAUGAUGCCGAUUCUGUGUGGAAGUGUCUCACAGAAUGCGAGCGACAAGAAUUUGAAGCUCUUGUAAGAGAAGGUGAUAUUACAGAUGUCUUGCCACUCUGGGAACCUUGGUGGACUUACAGAAAAGAGAAAGCUCUUGUGCAGGAACUAGAUGAAGCAUGCUGUACUGAAGAGGAGCCAUACAUAAAAACUUGCCCCCCACUAAAGACUGGCAUCCCUCAUUUUUCACAUUUAUCGAAACAUCCUCCAGCUCCUGAUGUGAAAUGGAACAUUAUAAACGUUCUGGCAGCAUAUUGUUAUGUAGCAAGGUACUUCAACGGAGAUCAUAAAGAACAGCCUCUCCAGGCUGUUUGUCUACUGGAACGGCUCUCUGGUGUUCUACGUGCAAACUUUAGUUACAAGUCGACAGAAAUAGCACUUGACGCUGUAGUUCAGGAUAUUCUUUCUUGCUUUGGACAUACUGAAGAAACUAUUUAUGAUGACGUAAUGAAAGUGCUCCGUGGACCUGAGGAAAGCAGACCUUAUUUCUAUGUACAGGCUGGCUUGAGUGAUAUCCAUCAACUGUACACUCUUGCCUAUAAAGUGAAAAAAUCAGGUUCGAAGAGAAAAACUGGUGAAUUUAGCAAAUGCUUUAAGGAGUCUCUGUAUGAUGGCCAUGACAUAACAAAGGAACAACUCUUUCUUUUAAAAAAGAAAGUUGAGUAUUUUUUAGCAUGGGUGAAUGAAUAUUUAUUAAAUAAAGGACAAACUUUAGUAACAUAGUAAUUUUGGUGUUGACAUUCCAAACUUUUGUAUGGGAAACGUAUUGUUUUCAUUUUAUAAUAAAAAUAAUAAAAAAGGAGUUGCUUACUUUUUCUAUAAUACUGAGUUAGAAAGAGGCCUAUCAUCCAACUGUAAUUAUGUUUGAUCAACAAAGCUGGUUAAAUGUUGAAUAAAUCUUAGUUUAUGACUAACGCAUUCCCUCCAAAUCUGUUGUUGUUGUGGUCUUCAAUCCUGAGACUGGUUUGAUGCAGCUCUCCAUGCUACUCUAUCCUGUGCAAGCUUCUUCAUCUCCCAGUAACUACUGCAACCUACAUCCUUCUGAAUCUGCUUAGUGUAUUCAUCUCUUGGUCUCCCCCUACGAUUUUUACCCUCCACGCUGCCAUCCAAUACUAAAUUGGUGAUCCCUUGAUGUCUCAGAACAUGUCCUACCAACCGAUCCCUUCUUCUAGUCAAGUUGUGCCACAAGCUCCUCUUCUCCCCAAUUCUAUUCAAUACCUCCUCAUUAGUUAUGUGAUCUACCCAUCUAAUCUUCAGCAUUCUUCUGUAGUACCACAUUUCGAAAGCUUCUAUUCUCCAGAUCUACCCAAUGUUAUUGUAGGAAGUGCCAAUCAAAGCUGAUUAGGGCUGGAGGAGGGUGUCAUUUCAUUGGAGAUAGCUCAUCAGCAAAUGCAGGUAACAAAUUGGAGUUUGAGUCAGUUUAUUUACAAUGUUGCCAUAAAAGACAAAUAGUAAAUGAAUGAGGUGGUCAUUUGAUGACUUCUAUUGUGCAGGUAUACUUAGUGUCAUACAGAAGAGCAGGUAUGUUGAUGUAUACAGCAAUUUAUAAAUUCUUCUUGCACAAGUGCUUUGUCUGAUAUUAUUAUUUCAUUUGUAAUUGGACAGUAAACAUUACCACACAUUUGUGGUCGUGUCAGUAUCUUACACAAUGUAUUUUGUAAAUUUCAGUAUUAUGUAUUUGGAGGUUC